CUCUAUUUGAUUUUUUUCGCAGGCAGCACGUGGCACGCAUGACGGUCUAGAUAUUGUGUGAUAUAUUUUUUACGAAACAUUAUUUACGGUGAAUGGUAGGUUCUGCUUAUAAGAUUUCCCAUAAGAUUUUUCGUAAAAAAAUAGCUUCUGAUACGCGUGUGGCAGAUGCAGUUGCUCUACAGCCUUCUUCUUUGCUUUCGACAGAUUUCUCCGUGACUCCUUUUAGCAAUUUUUUGCGCCACGAAAGCACCAAUAUUUUUGUAUGAUUUGAUAUUAGCGCCAGCGCGUUCGGGAUAUGUUUUUGUAUAAUGUUGUUGAACUUCAAUACAUAGAAGUGCCCCUACUUACAGCGGAUAAUACUGCAAAAUAAUACUACUGUACUGGUUCACUUGCUUACGAUGCGAUUCUCGCAAAGAAGUCCCGUAGCUCUGUCUACCUUAAGACGGAACGUUCUAAAGAGAUGCUUGUUUCCUCGCUUAAGAAGCAUGAUCAUGCUCUGCUUGAGCUGCUUUGCUGCAGGAGCGCUUGGUCAACGCGGGGAAACAAGGAACAAUGUGCAGCAGGAUCCGCGCGUUCCGCCGGCGCAGCCCCACUUUCUAGGUGAUUUGAGUGCGGCAGAGCCGGGUCUUAUUUUGGCAGGAAGUCGGACACAGUCUCUCAACGAAAGUGACGGCAUCUUGAGCUUUUUGAAUGCAGCCGAUGCCGCUUUGUUUCUUCAGAGCAGUAGGUCGCAUUCCCAGAAAGAUCCUUCUGGCGCCGGUGCGAAACUGGCAACUGCGGUGCGCGAGCAGCACGACAAGGAUACUUCGCUCGCAAGACGCACCGAAAACUGUGAGGAGCUAUUUCUCGAAGUUCUGCGCGAAAAGGUUGGUGAGAAAAGGCCGGCAGACUACUGGAAUGCGGAACUAGAUGGCGGAUACGAUUACGUAAAAUAUUUCCAGACCCAAGUGCAAAGAAAGCCAACACAGACUGGGAACCAGCAGCAGCUGCCGCCAUCCGAAAUGAAAUGGACCGUACUUCAUAGCUUUUGAUUUUACGUUGCAGUAGAUAAAUAUGAAUCUAUGGCUUCACAUGCGCGAGUGCCCGUUCUGCUCCCAGACAUCUUGAUAAAGUGCCGUAGAAACAAUGACUUUCCGAAUGCCUCUGUUUGUGUAACUGUAAUUUUUGCGCUCUGUUCAUCAAAGUUUCUCUCCGUCGUUGUUGUCUACAGGUACUCUUUCUCAUGGCAAUGGCAGCAAAAACAUGUGACCCUCCGUCAGCACUUGCGGAGACGAUAUUGCCGAAUCAUCAUCCUUGGGGUUACGCUGAUACAUACAGCGCAGAAAAAUUGCGUCGCGGGUGCCAGAAGAGCGAUCAGGCAUUCUUUCGAGAGGUUCUGAACUUCUUUCACGAGGAUGCACCUGCUAAGGGUGCAUGCAAAUAUCGGAAAAGUAGCUCAUCGUGCAAACAAGUCACGGGCGGACGACUGGUUGUGUGGAACCCACCCGGCACUGUUUUGACAAAGGGACGCGUAUUGGGAUGGGGUCGAACGCUACCAAUAAGAAUCGCGAGGAGCAGACAUUAUGAAAAAUUUGACAGCAGAUGCCGUCUAGCGAUGGCAGCGGAGUUGUUGUUUCAGAAGCAUAGCAAAAUUUAUGGGAGUCGUGGGCCAUAUCACGCUAAGCAUGGUAACUAAAACUAUAUGCUUGUUGACUUAAUGUUGAUCAAUUUUUGUUGAGUAUGAGUAUGUAAAAGGUUGCCGUCCUCGACUAAGUGGCUCUUUGAUGAUUUUGAAAUAAAGCGCUCAUUUGGGUUCGUACUUCACCUUGCAUUUCAUCAGGUUACUGCCUCAACCACGAGUACAUUCUCGAUGCGGCGCAUCCGAACGAUAUCGAGUCGUACUAUCACUUUGAAGACCCGAUUGACAGAAAUUGGCAUCCGCUAUUUCGUCGAAUCUAUCCAAAUGUAAAGGCAAUACCUCCUCGGCUAAUAAGUGUAAGAAGCAUCUCUUGCAUGGUGUUUGUGUGUCUGCGUGAUCUUUCGCGACACAAAUAUAGAAAAGUAAUUGUGGUACAGACCUCUGGCCGCACUGGGAAAGGGUACUCCGUCCGGUCCUUCUAAUUGAUUUGCCAUGCGAAAUGACAAGAAGAUAGAAGAGUAGAGCGUCGUCCAUGUAGUUUGGCAAGCAUGCGUCAAGCAAUCAAUAGUAUUACGUUCUGGCUAGAGCGAUGGCCUGCAGCGCGAGAAAACACAGCUGGAAAUGCAUCACGAAGCUAGUCUUGUUACUGCGUGAAGUAUUGUGUUUUCAUUUGGAUACACCGUUUCGGAAAUUUGCCGACAAAUGGCGCCGACAAUCUGACGGAACUUCGCCGCUCUGGUCGUACAACCAAUUUCAAUAUGAGUGGAGGCGCGCACAUGGAGAGCGCCCCGGCAGUCCCGGAUUUCCUGAAAUGCCGUCUCCGGCUUGGUUAGCGAAAAAAUUUCUGAUCGCGUACGCAGCACCUGCGACCCAGAGGCGCAAGAGCUUCACCUCGUGGAGUUCAGCGAAAGUUGGGUCAUGGAAUUAA